UUGCGGUUUAUUUCGGGAAUAAAUGCGUUCUAAUUAAAAACCUAGAAUCAAUUAAUUCGACAGAGUAGAUCAAUUAAACGCCAAAUAUUUUUUUGUAUUUUUGUUACUGUGCUAACUUUUCAGCGGAGCUUUCGGCAAAGGAGUAAUACUAAACAAAUAAAUAUAAAUAAAGAACAACAAGUAGACGACGAGGAACCUCAACGAUGGGCAACAUACACACAACGGGUCCCAAUGAGGCGUUAAUUGUUUCAGGUGGCUGCUGCGGAUCGACCAAGAAGCGUACGAUUGUGGGCGGCUGGGCGUGGGCGUGGUGGCUGGUGACCGAUGUGCAGCGACUGUCCCUCAACGUGAUGACCCUCAAUCCGAUGUGCGAGAAUGUGGAGACCUCGCAGGGUGUUCCGCUGACGGUGACCGGUGUGGCCCAGUGCAAGAUCAUGAAGUCAUCUUCGUAUAAGCAUAACGAAUAUAACGACGAGGCCGACGAACUUCUAGGCACUGCCAGCGAGCAAUUCCUGGGCAAGAGCGUCAAGGAGAUCAAGCAGACGAUCCUGCAGACCCUCGAAGGACAUCUGAGGGCCAUAUUGGGAACGCUUACAGUCGAAGAGGUUUACAAGGACCGCGACCAGUUCGCGGCCUUGGUCCGCGAGGUGGCCGCACCUGAUGUGGGUCGCAUGGGCAUCGAGAUCCUGUCGUUCACCAUCAAGGACGUCUACGACGAUGUGCAGUACCUGGCCUCGCUGGGCAAGGCCCAGACCGCCGUGGUCAAGCGGGAUGCCGAUGCCGGUGUGGCGGAGGCCAAUCGGGAUGCCGGCAUCCGGGAGGCCGAAUGCGAGAAGAGCGCCAUGGAUGUGAAGUACUCGACGGACACGAAGAUCGAGGACAACACCAGGAUGUACAAGCUGCAGAAGGCCAAUUUCGAUCAGGAGAUCAACACGGCCAAGGCCGAAUCGCAGCUGGCCUACGAACUGCAGGCGGCCAAGAUCCGCCAGCGCAUCCGUAACGAGGAGAUCCAGAUCGAGGUGGUGGAGCGUCGCAAGCAGAUCGAGAUCGAGUCGCAGGAGGUGCAGCGCAAGGAUCGCGAACUCACCGGCACCGUCAAACUUCCCGCCGAGGCGGAGGCCUUCCGCCUCCAAACCCUCGCCCAGGCCAAGCAAUGCCAGACCAUUGAGAGUGCCCGUGCCGAGGCGGAGCGCAUCCGGAAGAUCGGAUCGGCGGAGGCCCAUGCCAUCGAGUUGGUGGGCAAGGCGGAGGCGGAACGGAUGCGGAUGAAGGCCCAUGUGUACAAGCAGUACGGCGACGCUGCCAUCAUGAACAUUGUACUCGAAUCGCUGCCGAAGAUUGCCGCCGAGGUGGCUGCACCGCUGGCCAAGACAGAGGAGAUUGUCCUGAUUGGCGGCAACGAUAAUAUUACCAACGAUGUGACCCGCUUGGUGGCCCAGCUACCGCCCUCGAUCAACGCCCUGACCGGAGUGGAUCUGUCCAAGGUUCUAUCGAAGAUUCCCGGGGCCAAGGCGUGAAAUCUAAUGGAGUGGGAUAUCCAGCAAAUGGCAAUGACAACGUAACGCAGCGCAAAGGAAUUGUAACCGAUCAAAAACGGCAAAGGGGAUAGAAAGAAAAAUGAGAAAGAGACGGCAGGAGAGUGACGGAAAGGGAUGCAGCUAGUGUGCUAGAGAGGGAGCGGGCAUUUGUUAGAACGAGACAGCAGCAAAUCGAACGAGAAACUCACAGCUUGAGUUUCGAGAUGCAAUCGAACGUAGCAAAAUGUACUCCGAUAUUAUAUUUAUAUAUAUAUAUAUAUAUAUAUAUAUUUGUAUAUGUAUAUGCACACAUAUAAUACACACAUACACUUGUCUCGUCUGUGUGGUGUGCCAGAGUGUGUGUGUGUGUGAUGUUUGCCCGCGUAACAAUCAAACAGCUAAAAAAAAAAAAGAAAAAAAAGAAACCAACGUUAAUCUCAGCUAAAGUUAUGCAUUUUGUACGCAACAUUUUGUGGCCUUUUCUCUCAAAAACGAAAAACCGAUAACGAUAACAAAAAUCAACGUGAAAUUUGUAUAACUUUAAUGCAAAAACCAUUUAAGCAGAGUGUUAGCUAUUUAUUUACUAAACUAUAUAUACUAUAUACAUACAUUGCUAUACACAAAGAGUUCUUCUAAGAAACCACAUCAAAUUCUAUGACAAACAGUGCUGUAAAGCCUUAUAUAAACUUUCAGUGUUGAAAGUUGUCUUUGUCUCCCUUUCUCACAUAAAAUCGAUAUGCUUAAGGAAUUUCCAUCUGUCCAAACUACAAAUACUGCCUAUCGACUAAAGCCAAAUCUGUAACCUAGAGAAACCGAAAGAGAGGGAGAGAGAGUAAUUUUCUAGUCAAUCGAUCAAGUUCCCAUUCAUAAAAUUCAAGGACCAAACUAAGACUUUAAUAUCAAGCAAAUCCUUAGAGCAUAAUCAUUUUCUCACUUUCAGAGCUUAUAAAAUGUGUAAUAUUUUUGAUUAUUCUUUAAAAUCAAUGAGGGAUUAAAUGAAGUGUCUUUUUCGAAGAUAUUGUUAAUUACAAAGUUUAUUUUUUCUGUUGUCUAAAAUGUUUACCCCAGUUUAAAUGUUGAGUUUGACUUAAAUUGCAUAGUUUCAGAAACCUUUGACAAUUCAAUUAGGAUUAUUAUUAUAAAUAAAAGCGUGACCUCAUUUGAGUAAACUCGUACUUGUUUUUUUUGUUAAUUUGUAAUUGUUGUUUUUCUACCGGAACGUGCCAUUUAGGGUUACAAUAUUGUAGAUAGGUUACAUUCUGUUCAAUAAAUGUUUUCGUUAGAUUCUUGAAUUUUUAAGUUAAUUAAAUCGAAUUUUUGUUGACUUUUGAUUAUGUCUUAUAAAUUGCUAGGAGUACCAAAACAAACAUUAUUAUAUUUUUGACGAUCGAUUGAUACUGGUAUAUGAUGAAUAACUCAUAUAUAACUUUACAGCACUGUUUCUUCUGCAGUUGGCGCUCUUCCAAAACCCACAUACACACACUAACCAACACACACACACAUGCGUUUGGAUUUUUGUAUUCAGUUAAGUGCACAAAGAGAAAUGGAUAAACAUUUGUUUGUUAUAAUUCAGUGACAUCCUAUACAAUACUUUCAUAUAAGUAUGUCUGUCUCGCCUAAUAUAUUUUUUCAUGUUUAUUUUUUAUAUAAUAUCACAUAUUUACCUACGAAUAUGCAUUUACAAAUUUUGUACUUUAUUCUUACACUGUUUAGUUUAUAGCAAAAGGCAAGAAAAAAAAAGAAAAAUAAAAAAAAACAUUUUUGUUAUUUACUUACAAACAUCUUACUGAAAUUUACAUAGUUAAGAAAUUAAUCCAGUCCUUUCAUUUUGCUAGAGUAAUUAACCCUAAUUUUGUAAUCACUUUACCGAAUCACACACACACCCAUUAGACACACACACACACAUCCAUAUAUAUUUUUUUCUAUUGUAUAUUAAGUGCAAGUAAUUUUAAUUGUAAUGCAGUGGGAAAGAUAAACAGAACAAGAACAACAACCAACCGAAGAACUAACUAAAGCUAAACCUAAAUAAAUCAAAUGUAAAAUUUUGUGUAUUUUGUCGUAAAUAAAUAAAUUGAAAAAUA